AUUUUUUGACAUUAUUACAAACUUUACUUAGCUCACCGAGUUUGAAAUACUAAGAUAACUAUAAUGAAACAAAAAUAAUGCGGCUAAAGCAAUACCAGGUACCAAUUAUUCUUUAAUAAUUAAAUUGGUUCCUGCCAUCAAUACUUUAGCAGAAGCAUGUAGUGGCCAAAAUAGGCAACAUAAGUCACAAUGGCUGCUCGGAUCCAAGUGCCAGAGCUCACAUGUAUGAUACCUGAAAACUAUAAAAAAUACUUCCGGACACUAUGCUGGAGUGGCACUAGGAAACCAGAAAAGAAAGGCCAAAAAAAGUUUGGAAAAAAAGAAAAGUUAAAAAGACUGAAGGCAGCGAAUGCGCUUGCUGUCUGUUUUGCGCCUGCACUGUUGGGAAACCCUUCUCAGUUUGCAGUAUAUGCAACUGUCCGUAGGUCGGUGCUUACUCGCUGGAAGAGUCUUCAUGGUUUGGUAUCAGAUUUUUCUGAUGACAGUGACAAUGAUGACCUUUCAUCCCAACUUCCAAUGGCCAAGUUACCAAAGAUCACAGGUAUCGGCUUGCGCACAGUGUUUUCAUUGAUAUCACAGGCUCGAUUUACAGAUGCGCACUUUUGUGAGCAUGCCUUGCGGGCAUUACUUGAUGUUCUGCAAGGCCAUGCACCUGAAGAGCUGGCGCAAGAACCUACCGAGAUAAUAUCAAAUUUACAUGCUAUGCUAGUCGAAGUUUCGAGUGAUACUGGUCCUCUAGGACGCACAGAUACCCCAACAAAUCUGACAGCCCUAAGUAGUUCCUGUCUCAUAGCCUUGUCAGUAGCUAGAGGUGAAGCAGAAUUAAUAUUGAAUGCAGUAGCUUCUCUUAUAAUGUCAUCUCCUUUACUUUCGGAACAAUAUCUACAGGUGCCAGCAAAUUUGAUAACACUUCAGCGCAGCGUCCAUUCUGUAAUCUUAGGUCCUCCGUCCCGUAACCAGUGGUUAAACUAUGGUGUUCCCCACCAAUCUCUAGUCACCAGUUUCCCAGUAGACAUCCCUCCUCAGUUGACAGCGGGAUCAGGGGAGCUAGUCGUUCGCGCUCUCGUUUCCGACGGAUGUUUUCUUUACGUCUUUACUUCCAAAGGACUCCUAAAGAUUGGCUCGGGCUAUGGCAGUUCCAUAAGGCAACAUGUGUAUUUGUACAAACCAGAUUUCUUCGCUAGUGAUAGACACGGCUGGCUAGGUUACUGUAAAAAUAAGCUCUAUGUAAGAAUCGGAAGGAAAAAGACUGAAGUUUUUGAAAUUGAUAAAGAUACCUUUGAAGUUAAUAAUGUGAUAAGAUUAGAGCCCGGCCAACCCGCUCCCGUCGAACCUAAAUCGGCUGUCUUUACUGACGGCAAUCAACUAGGAUUGAUUAUACUAACAAAUUUCGAUAAUCUAACAAUUAGAAUGUACGACGUAAACACCCCAACGGACCGAGAAGAAGGCGCGGCGCCAGUCGUGCUGACGUCACGCAAGGAGCUUAACGUGCCCCUGCUGCGGCGUCGCACGCUGGCCCUGGGCCGGGCUCCGUUCGAAGAUGGACUGUCGCGGAGGCCGCUGGAGUUGGACGCGCCCGUCGCCAUGCAACUAGAUGACGAUGAUGACGAUCCUCUUGUAGGAAUAUGCUCGGGACAGGACUUUGGGCUGCUGAUUACUAAUUCGGGAAAGGUAUAUUACACCGGCAAAAGCACUAGUUUGGGAUACAAAGCCGCCUCUCCGCACAUAGGACGGUGGACGUUAAUGAAAGAGACCUUGUUCUCUAGGAACGACGCUCCUAACGUGAAGAAAUGUAAAGUGGUUCAGGUUGCCGUUGGUCACGAAGGUGUGCACGCGAUUCUCGUUCUGGACAAUGGCACUGCCCUUUUCACGGGCGUGGCGCGGCGCGGCGAGGACGGCGACGCUAGCAAACACCGCCGAACGCCCAAACCCACGAGGCCUAAGAAAAUUAUCAAGGCCGAAGGUCACUUCAUAGUGUACGCCGCGUGUAACUACGGGUCGACGGCGCUCGUCACUCGGCAAGGAUUGCUACUGAUGUUCGGCAAAGACACGCAGCAGUGCGACUCUACAGGGCUCGUCACCGGAAUGAAAAACGAGAGGGUCGUCCAGGUCGCCCUAGGAAAAGCUCAUGCUGUAGCGUUGACUACCUUCGGCCAAGUUUACACGUUUGGUAUCAACAACAAAGGCCAGUGCGGACGCGAAUUUGGUUUCACUAAGGAAAAGACGUUCUCGAUGCGACGGCAGAGUAAAGAGCCGCCGUUGUGCGCGACGCACACGUUCGCGACGGACUACUGCAGAGUGUGUCCCCUCUGCAGAGAAUGCACGGGCUUCUCGAGCGCGUGCCAUUGCGCUCGGCUUCCAAACAGAGUGCCUGGCGAGAAAUGUGGGUGCGGUGAAGGUGACAGCGGUUGUAGUUCGUGCGGCGUGUGUCGGCGCUGCGCGGACGCGUACAAGAGCGUGUGCGCCGAGCGGCCGGCGGGCGACGACGACGAGGACGCCUCCCGCUCCGACACCAGAAGCGAGAAAGACAAUGGGCGGUACGGUCAGUACGAGGGGCACAGCACGGCGUCGGAGGCGGAGCGCGACGGCAGCCUGAAGGUGAGCUGCCUGCCGCCGGCGCGCGUCACCGUGCCGGGCGGCCACCGCGUCGUCGCCGUCGCCACGGGCCUGCACCACUCCGUGCUGCUCACAGAACAUGGCGAAGUGCUAACGUUCGGCUCGAACCAGUACGGGCAGCUGGGCGCGGGCGACGUGUCGGCGCACCACCGCGUGGUGCGCGUGCGUGCGCCGCGCGCCAGCGCCGUCGCGGCCGGCAGCAACCACACCGUCGUGCUCACCCGGGACGGCGAGCUCUACACCUUCGGCAGCUACCAGAAAGGCGCACUCGGACGACCCCGCAUCGACGAGCCAGCGCGCACGGACCGGUGCCCAGUGUGGUACGCCACUCCCGGGCGCGUCCCUCGCUUGGGACCGAGGCACUCUUGCAAGGCCGUGUGGCUCAGCGCUUCGGGUGAUCAGACAUUCGUGCAAGUGUCGCAGGCUCUCAUCAAAACUGAUACGCUCUUCAGCUCAACAAUAACAGCCAAUAGUAAUACCAUAGUUAUUCUGCCGAAUAGACCCGAGCACACAUUCAAAUGUAUAACCAUAAACAAGAAUGACGGCUCGUGCAACGCGUGGACGGGCUCGGAGCAAGUCGACUUUGUGAACACCCUGGCCUGUCUGGAUCCGCUGUACGACGUUCUCUGGUGUUACCAACCGCAAAUGAGGGUUAUGAAGUGCUACAACAUAUUGGCAUUCGAUUCCCACAAACUCCAAAGGUGCUGUAACAAUGACUCUGAACUUUAUCCUAAUGAUGGGGAUAUUGAAUACCCCAACCAUGGCAGCAUGAAAAGAUUGGAAGACUUUAAGAAUUUGGAAAACUUUGAAGUGAUUUGCAAUAACGACGACCGGCCGGUGGACAAUGUGGCGUUGUCGAACAUGUCUGUGCUGAACCAGGAGUUGGCGAUCCCUUCCGCGCUCUCCUGCUCCGUUACCAGAAUACACGCGGCUUUGCAUCUGUUGGGCUGUUUGGAUUCUUUAACAUAUGCACAUGAUUCUAAACCGUGCAUAGUGGAAUGUAAAAGAGAUAGCGAGUCUUCUCCCGUGGCCCCUGCGAAGGAUGACUUUUUAACGGUUAAUCGUUUCGAAAGCCACGGCGGCGGCUGGGGCUACUCGGGCCAUUCAGUCGAAGCGAUACGGUUUAUGUGUGAUACUGACGUUCUUUUAGGCGGUUUCGGCCUGUUCGGUGGUCGGGGCGACUACACGGCGCGGAUCAAGCUGUUCGACAUCGGGCCCGAGGGCGGCGACCAGGAGGGCGACGGCGAGCUGGCGGCCGAGAGCGAGGAGGUCGUCUACGAGUGCGCGCCGAGGGACCGCUUCCCUGUGCUCUUCGACGCGCCCGUGCCGAUCGUGGCUAAUAGGUGGUACGUUGCGUGGGCGUGUAUUAAUGGUCCUUCCUCCGACUGCGGCUCGUCCGGCCAAGCCAUGGUCAUCAACGACGAGAUCGGAUUCCAUUUUAAAACAUCUAAGAAGUCUAACAACGGGACUGACGUGAACGCAGGCCAGAUCCCCUGCCUGCUGUACAACACCGUGAGCCUCGACCACUCCAUGCCCGUCAGGCACGUCGACUCCGGAGACCCAGUCAUAGUUCUAACCAAAAACAUAUCAAGAAAAGUUACAGUGUCGUGCUUCCGUUCGCUUAUAACCCUUUUACAGUGGAGCUGGAAUACUUUUAAAGAAAUUGUUCUAGAAACUAAUGGUCAAAUACCCAUCAAUUAUCAAAAACUAACGGUUAUGAAACAUCAAAAGAGACUAGUCUACAUAAUUCGCGCAUGUUUAAGAUUAGUUAGGUCUUACGUAAAUGAAAUUUAUCCACAAAACAAUAAGAAGAGAAAUUCACACGAGUACAUGUCAUAUUUUGACGCGAUCGCUGAUGUGAGAAAUUUAAUACAAGCAAUAAUGACCGAUAAAACCCCGACCUGUGCCAUGCUGCCGCGCAAGCCUGGCAAGAACAAGACGCAUAGAAUAUGCUUUGUACAAUUUGCCCUAGAGAUGACUAAUUCUAUACUACAAGAGUGCCACGAGACAAUCACUGCGUGCUUCCAUGCUUUCUUCCCGACGCCUAGUUUGAAAUGGAAUCAUCUUUGUUCACUUUUAUUUUAUGUGAAGGAAGGAGUGGUCCCCCCUGCCCAAAUUCGAGAAUUGACGGCGACUUGCGCGGCGUUAUGUGGCUCUCGGAGUUUGCGUGACGUGCUGCAAUACAUAGUGCCCGUGACGCAGAGCUGCGUCAGCCUGAAUGAACCCCGCCGGCCAGAGACCAAGGUGGUAAAGGAAGUCCCCUCCAAGUCAGCGACGGUCCCUCGAUCGUCUCAUGCGCAGAAACCGCCUCCCGUCCCACCUAGGGCAAAUAACAGUCACGCAAACAAACAAGCAGACGCCACCGAGGCCAAGACUAACCACACGGAAUGGCACCUCCUCGACGUAGUGCCCCGCCUGCUGGACAUAGUGACGAUCCCCAUCAAGCAGCAGAUGAUGACGCGCCAGUGCGGCCAGCCGCACGACCACGGCGAGAUCAAGCAGAACGAGCGAUUGGCUGAUUUCUGCUGCAAGUUCGCCGCCAGAAUCAUCGCGGAGCUGUCUCAUAGUGCCACCAAUAUUAGGGAGGACCUAGACACGAAUGCAGUGAAGCACCUGACCACCCCGUCGCGCUUUAUGCGCGUGAACCAGUCGCGCGCGUGGAACACGGGCAACGGCAGCCCCGACGCCAUCUGCUUCACCGUGGACCGGCCCGGCGUCAUGCUCGUCGGCGUCGGCGUCUUCGGCGGCGUCGGCAACUACGAGUACUCCAUUGAGCUGUUGCACGAUGUUCGGCAGUUGCGGGCGUCAGGCGAAGACUCGAACCCGGCGCACUGCUGGGUGAGCGUGGAGGUGGCGCACGGGGCCUUCUCCGCCUCCGACUGCCAGCACGACAUGGUGCAGCUCAAGUUCGACCGGCCCGUGCCUCUCAAGGAGGAUCUACGCUAUGCCGUCAGACUCUGUAAUCACGGCGGGCGAACAGCCAACGGUGACUGCGGCUUGCCCUCGGUCAAGGGCCCCGACGGCACCACCUUCCGGUUCGCCUCCUGCUCACUGAGCUUCAAUGGGACGACGUUAGCCAGGGGACAAAUCCCUUGCCUUAUCUAUUACAGUACGUCAAAGUCCGUAGCGAACAGUUCGGAAAACGCGGACACGCUGAUAUCGGCGUUACGCGCCAUCACCCUGCGCGUGGCGGGUGUGGUGAUGGACCGCGGCGCGGAGCUGUUCAGCACGCUGCGCAACGAGCUGACGGCCGAGGACCUGCGCCGGAACGCGGCCGUGCUGCAACACUCGCCCGCCGUCAACACGCUUAUACCCUACACGUUGGCGCACCUCGAGGGGCUGGACGACUCCAAGAGCGUCAUUCAAUUGUUAGAAAUGAUUCACAAGCUGCUGCCCCACGUAGCAGCUAUGAAUCUACUGGUACCGUCUUCGGAGGAGGGUCCCAUUACGACCACCACGCAUUAUUACACGUGGUUAGAAAGCGACCACCCAUACAAGCAGGCCACUGUCACUAAUAUGAGGGUGCUAUUUCCCCCAAACGUGUCCUGGGUGGUGCUGGAGAUGGACCCUCGCAGCGUGACGGCGCAGCCCGAGGACACGCUCACCAUCUACGCCGUGGCGGGCGCGCCCAAGAACCGCUGCCACUGCUCGCACGAGACGCGCGCCCAGGACCCACCGUUCCGUAAGCGCCUGGUGCAGCUGACCUCGGAGUCGGGCGAGGCGGAGGAGCUCGGCGACGACGCGGACGACGCGCCCUGCAUGCACUACAACUGCACCUACGUCAGCGUCACGCCGAAGCUUGCCAACGUUGUCUCUGAAUGGCCACAAAAAGCUUUACUAGUGCCCGGAAACGAAGUAAUAUUCUCUUUGGAGACAGCGUCGGAUUAUCUCACCGAAUAUAACAAGACCAACCACGAGGAUAACCGCUUCGGGUUCCGCUGCCUGUGCGUGGGCUACGAGGACGCGCCGUUGACGACGCAGCGGCAAGGGCUGGUCGCACUGGAGAUGGAGCUGGUGUACUCGGGCGCGUCUUGCGCCUCGCGGCUGCUGGCGCCGGAUCUGGACAUACCGCCGCUCACCUUCUCAACAAUAGUGGAAGUCCAAGUACUGGCCAUGAUGGGCGCGAGUCCCACGGGGGCGGAGUCGGAGUCGGCGCAGGACGGAAGCGAAGCGCUGCUCUUGGCGCGCGGGCUGGAGCUCUCCUCGCCCCCCACUAUUCACCACGUACUAGACGGCCAGCCGCUUUUAAGAUGCAUCUCUACUGAACGUCAAUUCCUUUCUGACUUCGUGGCGGGAGCCGAGAGCACGGCCGGCGGGCGCCUGGCGCGCUGGCUGGCGCCCACCCCGCGGGUGGAGCCCGCCAAGUGCGAGCUGCGGGCACCCGCGACCCCGGUGCGCCCCGCCGCUCGGAUCACGCUGCCCAUACUUGUGCGAGACCAGUACGGAGAAAGUGUGGCGUCACCGGCUUUAAAAGUCGAGGUUGUGGUGCAACGCCUAGAGGAUUUGGGGGGUCGUCAGAGUAGAGCGGUCGCAUCGUCAGUCGGCGGCGAGGGUCGGCGGGGAGUGCCUGACGUGCCCUAUCUGCCCACCGUGCGCGACACCAUGUGCUUCCAUGCCAUCACCAUGAUGAAGGCAUACCAGAACUACUCUUUUGAGGAGCUACGCGUAGCCAGUGGAGCGUGGGGUGGCGGCGGCGACGGCAGCGGCGGCUGGAGCGCGUGGGGCUCGGCGGGCGGCGCGCGCGUGCCGGCCGAGCGGCUGCCGGUGCGCGCGCAGCCCGACGGCUCGUACGCCGCCGCCUGGACGCCGCGCGCGCCCGGGGCCUACCAGCUACGGUGCACCCUCGACGAACUACCCGCACCGCAGGAGUUGACCAUAGAAGUGGUGGAGAGCAGCAUGGAAGGGCGGGGCGAGCGCGGGGCGGGCGACGAGGCUGCGUCUCCCCCGGCGCGGCUGCGUCGUUUCGCGGCGCGGUACAGCGCGGGCCUGCGCGUGCGCGCCAGCCCCAGCCUGCAGGCCGAGGAGCUGGGCCGCGUACCGCCUGGAACCACAGUCGCCUGCGUCGAAGAGGUGGUGAACAAGGACGGCACCUGGGUGCGGCUGGGGGCCGAGUCGGUGCGCGCGCACGCGGACGGCGGCGCCGGCGUGGCGUGGUGUCUGCAGCACCACCGCCACCUCGACCGCGCGCUGCUGCUGCCCGUCGACGCCACCUCGCCGCCGCAGUCGGAGUACACGGGCAUAUGGAGCGGCUACGGCGACGCUCAGGGCGACAUGCAAUCGUGGACGCACGAGGACGACAUUGACAUUGGACUUAACGAUAUUAAUAGCAUUGAUGAGCGGAGGUUUCCGUUCUCCGUCCAAUGUGAUAUGGCCAAUGAUAGUGAUAGCAGUACUAGUCAUUUUGUAUUUGGGCUGGAACCCAGCAAACGCGGCAGAAUUUAUCGAAACGAAUCCAUCGCCAUCCCAACGCCAAGAAGAACGCAGCGGCGCAGCAAUGGUAACAGCGACGAGUGGUGGUCGCCCGUGAGACAGCGCUCCAGCGACAAUAUUCGGGACGUCAACCCAAUUCAGGAGACGGAGAUAGGAAUGGAGCCGGACACUCGCGCUGGCGGCGGCCGGCUGGCGCAGACGGGCACGCAGACGUCGCCCGAGAGCGUCGGCGACACCGUCGCCACAUUGCACCUCUACAUCGGGCCCAAGCCGGACGAGAACAUAAGUCCCAAAAGUGUAGCCCGUGAACGCAUAGCGACGCGGUCGCGGGCCUACAAGCGGAGUUCGUCGCCGCCGCCGCUCCCCGCGCGCGCCGCCCCCGCGCCGCCGCCGCCGCGCAAGCACGCCCUCAGCCCUACGCAGGCCGAGUGUCUGCGAGCGAUAUUCGCUGCACUGCUGUGGCAUGAAGGCAUAGUGCACGACGCGAUCGCGUGCGCGGCGUUCCUGAAGUUCCACCCGCAGCUGCCGAAGCAGGGUGCGCGCGUCGUCACCCGCGCGCCGCACGACCUCUCCGUGUCUCGCCCUCAACGGCAUUCCGUUGAAGUCUCCACUAACGCUGGCCAGUAUUUGCGAAUGAACCCCGCAACGCUGGAAACCCUAACGCGGUCCGGCGUGGAGGCGAGCGCUAGCCGAGCUCGGCGGAGCGAUGUCGACGUCACGAUACGCGAGGAGGACUCGCAGGCUCAAGGCGAUACAAACAGCAGCAACUCGCCGUCCGUAGUAAACGUGCUGCCGCCGGCGCUGCGGGCGCUGGUCGCGUUGUGGGACGCGCUCUACGACGCCGACCAACUCUCUGCUGCCACUGACAAACAUCAGAAAGAAAGUGCUGAAAAGAAUGAAAACGAGCUGAUUUCAAGAACGUUCACUUCACUUCGCAAAAAAAGGGAUUGGAAGUCGGCGCCUGUUUAUAAAACUCCUUAUUCAGUGAAGUGCGAGUUGUGCGGCGGGGUGAGCGUGCCGCCGCCGCUGGCCGCGCACAUGCGGCACGCGCACCCCGGCUGCCGCGCCGCCAGCGCGCGCGGCUUUGACCGCGCCGGCGUCUACCGCCGCGCCGACCCGCCCGCGCCCAACGACGCGCCGCCCGCGCUCUGCGGGCAGCUCGCACAAGCUUACCAACUUUGGUACAUAUACUGCGAGAAAUGUCGUGACAAAGCGCUGAAAGCAGUUUCGUCGGUGAAGCAGUCGAAGACCAAGUCAGUGUCAGACGUGUGCUACGAGCGAGGCAGUGACGCGCCGGAGGUGGACCACCAGAUCAUGAAGGACAACGCCAUGUUUCUGCUCGAUUUAGCACCCUUGACUAACUCGGAGUCCCUCUCGGCGUCGCCCUGGCACGAGUCGGCGGGGCGCAGCCCCCCGACGCCGCCCAGCAGCAUGUGGCAGCCGGCGCCCCCGUUCCAGUGCCUGGCCGCGCUGGGCGCCGCGCCCAAGACCAACGCCACCGUAGACACCGCCAAGUAUCACUCCCUGGGACGCCCUCCACCGCCGACAAUCGCCCCAACGAACGGUCCAUACGGCGGCGAGGGUCUGGCGGGCGGGCAGUGGCCGCGCGUGCACCGCUCCGUGUCGAUGGGGCAGGCCAGCGGCCGCGACCUGGCGCACGCCGCACCGCUCGCCCGCCACGAGCGCUCCACGCACCAUGACAGCCUCUCCGGCGCGGGUUCAUCUCUCCUGGCCCAACCGAGCGCUGCCCUCCAAAAGUUAGUCGGUUGCGGCGAAUGGACUGGCGAGGGCUGCGGCGUGUCGGCUUUUGAACCGCCUCGGAUAGACCCCGAAGCGCUCAUGCGGAGCCCGGUGCUGUCGUUUGUGCUCGCCAACCGCAACCUGCACUCCUACAGGCAGAAAAUGGAUGCUGCCGUUAGAAUAAAUACCGUUAGACAAUAUGCUUUUGAGGCGUUAAAUUGGCUACUGAGGUCUUCGACGCAGCCUACCUGCGUACACGACGUCAUGUGGUGGUUUUGUACUGCUCUCGAUAAAUACGCUAGAAUCGUUCCCCCGCCACUGGCGUUAGAAGAUAAUAAAGAGGCCGGUGGCGCCGAGGUAACGCGCACGGCGGCGGCGGCGACGGCGUCGGCGUGCGCGCUGUGCCCGGGCGGGAGGGCGGCGCGCGGCGCACGCGCUGCGCUGCACGGGUUCUUGGGCUCGGUGAGCGCGCUCGCGCCCGCGCUGCCGCCGGCCAGCGCCGCCUCUCUGCAGGCUGUGCGGUGCUGGGCGCUGCACUACUCGCCGCAUGACAGAGCGUUCCUACACAGAUCGCAAGUGUUUAGUGUGAUCAGCAAGAUAUUGUCGCACUCCGAAGACGGAGUUUACGAAGAAGGCGUCCUCGGCGCUUUACACGAGAGCUUUCACAGCUAUCUUCAGAAGGAUAACUUUGUAUGGAGUUGCGGCGACGUGACAGGCUGGUGCGACGUGAGCGUGUCGUCGCGGCAGGGCAUGGCGGGCGCGCUCACGGACGGCAGCACCGAGACCUUCUGGGAGUCGGGCGAUGAGGAUCGCAACAAGGCCAAGUGGGUGCAGGUGGCGCUGCCCGCGCCCGCGCCUGCGCCGCCCGACCGCCCCUACAUCGUAUGCCUGCAUGUUGACAAUACCAGGGACACCGUGAACAAAACCUUGUUAGUAUCGUUCCUGUAUAGCGGCGGAUCCAGCGAACUGUUUCACAUGCAGGAUAUGGAAGUGGACUCCAAGUCGGCUGCAUGGCUUUGUUAUACGUUGCCGCGCGCGUCCAGCGGCGGCGUGCGUGUGCGCUGCGAGCUGCGCGGGCCGGAGGCGGCGGUGCGCGUGCGGCAGCUGCGCGUGCUGGGUGCGCCCGCCCCCGCGCCCGCGCCGCCCGCUUCGCCCGCCGCGGUCCUGCACGCGCUCGCAGAGGCCGACACGCUGCGCGUCUUCCGACUUCUCACCUCACAGGUGUUUGGUAAACUGCUGGAGUGGGAGCAGAGCAGCAGCGAGGCGGGCGGCGAGGCGCCGGCGGCCGAGGAGGCGCUCGCGGACGACAGCGACCUGCGCGAGCACGUCGUCGGCAUCCUCUUCGCCGGACACAAGCUCACCUCACUACAGCGUCAGGUGAUGUCGCACAUAGUGUGCGCCAUCGGGUGCGAGGCGGCCCGCGCGCGCGACGACUGGGAGACGGCGCUGCUUUGCGCCGAGGCGGAGAGCGCGGGCGACGCGCCCGCCCCACACCACCACCAGGACAACUACUGCUUCGAGAUGCUCUCUCUGCUUUUGGCUUUGAGUGGAAGUGCCGUUGGGCGUGCUCAUCUCGCUCAACGAACGGAGCUGCUUUCCGACUUGCUUUCGCUUCUUCACACCGGCAGCGAACGAGUUCAAAGACAAGUUAUAUCUUUAUUAAGGAGAAUUAUUAUAGAAAUACCGCCACAGAAAAUGUUAGCAGCUGUAAACUACGGCAACGAUUUAACAGCAAGGGUGACACUGGUAGAGCACCUGGUGUGCUACCUGGGCAAGGCGAUCACGCUGCAGGUGAAGGUGAAGGGCGCGGCGGGGGCGGCGGGCGCGGCCACGCUGGGCGGCAGCGUGGCGCCCGCGCCGCAGGUGCCGUGGUUCAUGCGCGGCGGGACCACCAAGAAGCACGCGCACCUAGUCGCUAAGCUGCUAACUGAUAUGGCUGAGGGCAAGCUGUCGGCGGCGUGGGGCACGGAGACGCGCAGCGCGCUGGCGGCGCUGGCGGGCGCCGUGGCGCAAGUGACGGAGCCCGAGCGCCACCCGUCACGCUGCGUGCAGGCGCCCACGCUCUGGAUGGCGCUCGCAGCGCUCUGUGUCUGCGACCAGUCACAUCUCGACCUCAGCGGGGAGUCGCGUGAGUCCCGCGGGCGCGAGUCGGCGGGGGAGACGCGGCCGUAUUGCGCGAACCACGACGACGGCGCCACCGUCGCAGUGGUGGAGUGCCGCGUCUGCGGCCCGCUGUGCGCUGAGUGCGACCGAUUCCUGCAUCUCAACCGCGCCGCUCGCACGCAUCACAGACAGAUUUGUAAAGAGGAAGAGAGUGCAAUCCGUAUUGACAUCCACGAGGGGUGCGGGCGCGCGAAGUUGUUCUGGCUGUUGUUGCUGGUGGACCGACGAACGCUGAAGGCAUUGGCCGAGUUUCGCGGCGUGGAAGCGUGCGCGCGCGCCGAGCCUGCGGGCGGCGCGCCUCCGCUGGCCGGGACGUGUCGCUUCUGCGGCGCGCAAGGGAACUCCGGCCUGCUCGCUAUCGGCAACGUGUGCGCAGAUCACCAGUGCCAGGAGCACGGGCGCGAGGCUUGCGUGCGCGUGCUAGCGUGCGGGCACGCGUGCGGCGGCGUGCGCGGCGAGCGCGCGUGCCUGCCGUGCCUGUUCGGGUGCGGAGCGGGCGCGGGCGCGGCGGCCGGCGCGCCGGUGCCGCUGCGCCAGGACGCCGACGACAUGUGCAUGAUCUGCUUCACCGACCCGCUGCAAGCUGCGCCCGCUAUACAGCUAAAAUGUGGGCACGUGUUCCACCUGCACUGCUGCAAGAAAGUUUUAGCCAAUAAAUGGAUAGGGCCCAGGAUCACAUUCUCCUUCUCCAUGUGCCCCAUAUGCAAGGAGGAUAUGUGCCACUGGACACUGGAGGAGCUGCUAGCGCCGAUCAGACGGCUGCGCGAGGAGGUGCGGCGCAAGGCGCUGAUGCGGCUGGAGUAUGAAGGGCUGGCGACGGCGGCCGGCAGCGCGGGCGGCGGCCGCCAGCGCACCACCCAAGACCCCGCCCUCUACGCUAUGGAACGAUACGCGUACUACGUCUGCCACAAAUGUGGCAAGGCGUACUUUGGAGGGUUGGCGCGGUGCGAGGCGGAGACGAGCGGGUGGUGGGAGCCGGCGGAGCUGGUGUGCGGCGCGUGCAGCGACGUGGCCGGCGCGCGCACCUGCCCCAAGCACGGCGCUGACUUCCUCGAGUACAAGUGCCGCUACUGCUGCUCGGUGGCAGUUUUCUUCUGUUUCGGCACAUCGCACUUCUGCAACGCCUGCCAUGAUGAUUUCCAACGAGUCACCAACAUACCGAAGCAUCAAUUGCCCCAGUGCCCAGCAGGUCCGAAAGGCGAGCAGCUACCGGGCUCGUCGGAGGAGUGUCCGCUGCACGUGCAGCACCCGCCGACCGGCGAGGAGUUCGCGCUCGGCUGCGGCGUCUGCCGCCACGCGCACGCCUUCUAGUACCCAUCGCCACCACACACACCCUACUACUGCAUUACACUUCCCAACCACCUCAGUACUUACUAUUUUGAGUUUCGUUUACAAAACGUAAUGUAUAAGUUCCCGAUAUGGGUCACGAGAUCUACCCUCCAACGUUUAAAUACAAGUUUUGUGUUAUUAAGGUAACCAUUGACGGAUACAAGAACAUCUUGGGGCCACAAAAAGUCGUUAAUUUGUAACACCAAUAGAAAAGUAAGAAAAUAAGUAGAAAUUACAAGUUCAAGCGAAAACUUGCGGUAUUUUAUUUACAUUUGCAUUUAUAAUUCGUUUUCUACUGUCAUUGACGUUAAAUGCAUAGAGACAACUAGGAAUUGAAUAUUAAAAUGAAUACCAAUAUAUUAGAAAGUGGUCAGUUAAUGAAAGGUCUUUUUUCUUGAUUAGCUUUUAAAUUUCAUAUUUUAAGUAAACUACAUACUUCCGUCUCAUUGAUACCCAGUAAUCGUCAUGUUUUCUCCAUUACGUGUUGUUAUUGUUGUAGUACGGGCGAUUUUCCGCAACUCGAUGUCCAAACUUCAUUACGUGAUUACUUCUAUAAUUUGCUCGUAGCUUAUGCCAUUGUAAUCACUACACCCAGAUGUGCUGAGGCUACAAUCACUUAUAAAUAAGUACAAGUAGAAUCAGCACACCUAUUACACAUGGCUAUAAAUUAAUAAAAAAUUUAAAAAAAUCUUAAGGUUUAGAUAUUUGAAACAUCACAUUUUCAUUAGUUAUGUUUUUUUUAUUAUUAUUAUUUGUAUGUCUAUCCAUAUCUCGGGACCACGGGGUCCCGGACCAUUAGGAGGCGUGUGUGUGGCCAAACCAACAUCGCAGAGGCCCUUUAAGACAAGUUUGAUGUCCUGUAGAAUGCCUGCUGGAAUCAAUUCACGGAUGGGUCUCCGCGGGCAUUGGAGCUAUUGUAAUAAAAAAAAUAGUUAAUUUUUAUAUUAAUUUCGUUAGUAAUCCCUACAAUAUUAAUUUAAUUCUUUACAUUAUAGAUGUAUAAAUGAUUAAAUAUGUAUUAUUGAAGAUUGGAGUUGUAAAAUACGAGCAUAUUUCUAUUAAAUGUUACUUUUACUUUACAUCGUGUAAAUCAAUGUUGUUAAAAUAUAACCCACUAGGCAAGUCUGUUGAGAGGUAACAUUUAUGUUACAUAUAACUUGUUUGAAACUAGUAUAGGAGCUGGCAUGCACUUAUAUGAUUCAAGCGUCUCUUGCAGAGGUAUCGUUUAAUUAAUCAAGUACUUAUGUAUACUAUACAUAUAAUGGUCAGCAGACGGGAAUCGUAUAAGUGCAUAAACUCUUCAUCAAUUAACAGAUAUUUUCCGGUGAAGAUCUAAACGUGCAUAUAACUGUUUAUAAUGGCGACAUUUUGACUGAAUUAAAACGGUAGUUGUAUCUAGUUAAAUAUUGUUACACUUUUUGUCUUUUUUUGUUUAAUAAUUAUGGUAAUCUCCUAAUGUAGUUGUAGCGUAAAUUAACUUUUUAUAAAGGGGAUCCGCAAUGUUUUAACGACAUUACUUCUAGCUGUACUAAUUGCACCGUAUAUAUGUAUAACUGAAACACCAAAAUGGUGAUUUAUUUUGUGUAAAACGAUAUAGAUAAAUAUAAUUAUUGUCGUUUAUAAGCCUUUUACACUAAAAACAUGAACACAUAAUCCUAACGAAGGAGUGUAAACAUUAUAAAUAACACUGUGUCUUAUUUUACUUAUCAUAACGCAACGCAAUGCACCUAGGCUCUAUAUCUGUAAUUAAAUUGUGGAAUAUAAAUUAGUUGUAAACCUAUUUUAUCUACAAUAUAAAUUAAAGCUUACGGUGAAACUCA